CUCGGCACUUGGCACAGCAAUAUCCCCCCAGGUCUGACCUGGCUUGACAACAACCCAGUCACCCCACCGCGAAUUGCGGCGGCUUUGCAUCAGCUACCGCCAUGACAUCAGCCGUGAACACACUACCCGACGAUAUAUGGCUCACAGUUCUCCGCUUAGGCCUCGCGAGGAAUCUAGGCUAUCGCGACCUCUGCUGCAUGGCUUUAGUCUGCCGCCGAUUGCGGCGCCUCGGUUCGUGCGACACGCUGUGGGAAUCCGCGUGGAAUAAAUACUGGGGCGGCUCGGCUGCAGCCGGAAAGCCUUCUAAGCCUGCACGUGAAAGAGUUUCUGGGCCCAGCUUAGCCCGUGUAGAAAGCGUGCAGGGCGAAGGGGAGGAUUCAGUAGGUGGCGAGUGGGUUGAACCAUCGGCUCGGAGUAAGCGGAAAGCUUUAGAUGGCGUGCCGUUUUCGGAAGACGCGAGGAAAGUUCGCGAUGAGGAAGCGAUACUUCGAGGCAAAGGAGAAAGGCUGUUAGCAGCAGCAGGGGGGAGGGCUUCAGGAAGUGGGGGUUCCGCGAGUGAAGUUUCGUGGAAGAAACGGUUUCAAGACAGUUUUGAGAAGGAGAGGCAGCGACUGGUGCAGGCUCAUCGGAGGGAGGUGAUGAGGCAGCAGAGCCACGUUGCAGAACUGGAGAGGCGGAUCCGGGAGGGGGAGGAGGAGAGGGAGCGGACGAGAGCAGCACUGGCAAGGAGUGUGGAGGAGGGGAGGAGGCUUGAGAGAAUGAUAGCGGCAGGCAACGCCCCUCAGGAGGUGUGGGAGCCGCAGCACCUGGUGCAGCAGCGGCAGCAGCUGCUGGCGCAGAUGCCUAUCAGCGCGCCUGCCAGGCUGGCAGCCCUGAGGCAGGAGGUGACUCUGCUGCGACACACUAUAAGAGAACUGGAGUCCAGUGCGCCGAUACACCGGAGGCUGCUCUCCGAAGCCCAGAGAGUGCUGCAAGGGCUCUUGUUCCGACCCAAGCCGCUGCAACCUCACUCCGCGCUGCAUCAGCCUUCUCUUCCGUCGUCCGUCUCCCAAACCUCUUGCAAGAAGCCAAAGAAAGGGUGACGCCAGAAGGCAGCUUAUCGGAGCCCUGCUUUUCAAAUUGGGCUGUGCUGCAACAAGGACUCUACUUCUGAUCCUACCCAAGCCUCUACCUCACCGUGCUUUUCAAAUUUGAACACCCCCCACUUCCUUUAUCCAUCCCAUCGACGGGGAUCAACGGGCGUCUGCUUCAUGGAAACGAAAUACCAAUGGGUGACGCUGGCGACAGGAGCAUGGCAGUGCGGCGCUAGAUGUAGCAGAGAUGGGUGGCGGACGCCAGCCUACAGUCGCAGAUAGAAGUGAAAUGUGCCACCGUGAUUGAACGAGCAUUGGCAAGAAGCAGAAACCAAACCCAAAGGUUUAGGUUUCGGGGGGUCGCGAAAAUUGCGAGGUGUAGGGGUGUCGGGGGGCCGAAGUUACUGUUGAAAGAAUUUGAAAGGUGGUGCAGGAGCAGGCCCCCAAAUUGGUUUUGGGCCCGUCCGAUUCGUCAGAGUCCACUGCCUUCCCUUGGUAUGGGUGUCAGAGUUACCUCGAAAAAGUCUGGAAAAUCAGAGUAGCCUUCGAUUUUUUGUCUGACCAAUCAGAGUCGUAGCCAAACUUUUGUAUGAGCGUUUUUUAUGGUACUUCAUUAGACAAUGCACUACAU